UAAACCAAGAUGCGCUCCCUGUCUCUGAUCUGUUUAUUCUUCGGCCUGGUCUGGGCCCAAACGACUCCAUCGGGCGAAGAAGACAGCACCGCAUCGGACAUUGCAUUCUCGCCGUUCAUUGUCACCGAUGGCAAGUACGCGCUGGGCACCUUUGCCAAAGUAAACUGGUACCAGGCCCAGGCCACCUGUGCCUCCUACGGUUACACUCUGGUCAGCAUCACCACGGAGAGCGAUCAGCGGGCGGUGCGCAAUUUCCUGUACACCCGCGGCAAUGCCCAGCUACCGCUGCUGGACGCACCCUUGUGGACCUCGGGCACGGAUCUGGCCAAUGAAAACACCUGGAUUUGGUUCAGCAAUGGACGCAGCUUCACCUAUCGCAACUUCCAGAACGGUCUGAGCUACUAUCCCAGCUCCAACAAAAACUGCAUAGCCGUCUAUGCCAUCACUGGUGCCUGGGUGAACGAGGACUGCAGCGAGCAGCGCUACUUUGUCUGUGAGAAACGUUGCCUGUUCGAGGACUAGACUAUGUGUCCAAGCAAUAACGGUGUUGGCUUCUAAAUAUGUACAAGCAGCAAUAAAAUAAUCAGCAGCAAAACAGAA